AUGGGCAGAAAGGGCUGGCAACAGGAACGGGUGGAAAUAGAGAAUGGAACAGUGAAAGGGAUCCUUAUCACAAGAAAGGGAAGGCUCAGGAGGAAGAUCAGAGCAAAGAGGCUGAUCCUCCCGUACUGUCCUUCCUGCCUGAUCAGCAAGCCCCACCCUCAUCCCUUCCCUGCAGCAAACGCUUCCUGGCACACCACAAUCACGUCUAUUAUGUCCUAUAAUGGAGGGCCUGUCAUGGCCAUGAAGAGGAAGAACUGUGUGGCUAUCGCCGCAGACAGAUGCUUCAGGAUCCAGGCCCAGAUGGUGACCACGGACUUCCAGAAGAUGCUGUUCAUGGUUGACUGGCCAUACACCGGUCUAGCUGGACUUGCCACGGACGUCCAGACAGUUGCCCAGUGCAAGUUCCAGCUGAACCUGUAUGAGUUGAAGAAAGGUUGGCAGACCAAACCUUACACUCUCAUGAACAUAAUGGCGAACCUCUUGUAUGAGAAACAGUUUGGUCCCUACUAUACUGAGCCAGUCAUUUCUGGGUUGGACCCAAAGAGCUUUAAGCCCUUCAUUUGCUCUCUCAAUCUCAUCGGCCGCCCCAUGGCAACUGAUGACUUUGUGGUCAGUGGCACCUGCGCCAAACAAAUGUACAGAAUGUGCAAGUCCCUCUGGGAGCCCAGCAUGGAUCCAGAACACCUGUUUGGAAGCAUCUCGGCCAGGCGCAGUGGCUCACCCCUGUAA